AUGUUUGCCUCAAAUGGAAUCCUCCUUCUUGGAAUGAGUGAACUUUAUCAUGUUUCUAUUUCGAAAACAGCCAUGGUCGGUUCUAUUUUCGGCGGAAUCAGGUUAUGCGCUGGUCCGUUUGUGCUGCUUCUAAUGAUGUUUAAUGCAAGCCAUCGACAAGUUAUCAUUAGUGGAGGAUUCCUUUCUGCUGUGGCAACCGUUGGAUGCUUUUUUGUUGACCAAGUUGAAGUUCUUUAUGUUACCUAUGGAAUUCUCUCAGGCGGUUUUGCUGGAAUAGCAAAUUUUGCCGGCAACACCAUCGUUGGAUCUUAUUUUAAGAAAAAACGGACAUUGGCCGUGGGAAUCUGUCAUAGUGGAAGUGGAUUUGGUGCAUUUGUCCUUAAUUAUUUAUUAGAACGAAGCAUUUCCUUUUAUGGUAUGAGGAAAACAUUUUUAUUAAUAAGUGGAUUGUUUUUAAACUGUGUUAUCUAUGGCGUCUUGUGCCGGCCGCUUAAGACCGCCAACAUAAAUAAUAAGAAAAAGCAAGAAAUACAAUUGAAAUAUACAGAAACGCUUCAACCAGAAAUGAAUUUAGCAUUUGAGCACGACGAGAAGACGACUGAAAGUAAUGAAAAGACAAAUGCAAACAAAUCUGAUGUCACUGAAAAAACUAAAUUUUAUAGAAACAGCCCACCAACAACUGCAAGGGAAUUUUUUAUAGAUCUAUCUAUCUAUCUAUCUAUCUAUCUAUCUAUCUAUCUAUCUAUCUAA